GGAAAUGUCAGGUGUAAGAGGAAUGGACAUGCAUCGUGUAUUUUCCUUUUCUGACGUUGCCUGUCUUAAAACCAUACAUCAUCUUUGUGGCUCUCCUUCCUUGUCUUGGAUUUGCCCCAAUUCUUGAUUACUUCAAAACAUAUAACAGAGUGAUCACAUAAUUUAUGGUAAAAUUAAAUAUUCUGGAGAUAAGGUAACUGCUAAAGCAAACACUUAAGCUCGUUUCAUCAUCAAUGGCAGAAGAAGCAACCAAGAGAUAUGCAGUAGUUACAGGAGCAAACAAGGGGAUUGGGUUUGAAAUUUGUAGGCAGCUGGGUUCAAAUGGGAUUGUUGUAGUGUUAACAGCCAGAGAUGAGAAAAGAGGCCUUGACGCUCUUCAAAAACUCAACGACUCUGGUCUAUCUGAUUAUGUGUUGUUUCAUCAACUUGAUGUAGCUAACACUGCCAGUAUAUCUGCUCUUGCUGAUUUCAUCAAAACACAAUUUGGAAAGCUUGAUAUUUUGGUGAAUAAUGCAGGUAUUAGUGGAAAUGAAGCUGAUGCCGAUGCUUUAAGAGCUUUUGAUAGGGAAGGAGCAGGUAUCAAUUGGCAUAAAAUAACAACUGAAACUUACGAGUUAGCUGAAGAAUGCGUUGCAAUAAAUUAUUAUGGUGCCAAAAGAAUGGUGGAGGCAUUUGUUCCCCUACUCCAAUUAUCUGAUUCACCAAGAAUUGUUAAUGUUUCAUCCACCAUGGGAAAGUUGAAGAAUGUAAAAAAUGAAUGGGCUAAACGAGUGCUGGACGAUGCUGAAAACCUUUCAGAAGAGAAAAUAGAUGAGGUGUUGAGCAAAUACCUCAAUGAUUUUAAAGAGGGUUCACUAGAAAGCUGGCCUUCUUUCCUGUCUGCAUAUAUUCUCUCAAAGGCAGCCAUGAAUGCUUAUACAAGGAUCACAGCAAACAAGUUUCCAACUUUCCGCAUUAAUUGCGUCUGUCCUGGAUUUGUCAAAACAGAUAUAAACUUAAAUACUGGAAUAUUGUCUCUUGAAGAAGGUGCUGAAAUCCCUGUGAGGGUAGCACUGUUGCCUGACGAUGGUCCUUCUGGUUGCUUCUUUGACCGCAAGCAGGUGUCGUCUUUUGAUUAGCUGUAUCAUCGAGUCUUGCUUGGCCACCAGUAUUUAAUCCAUCUUCUUUAUAUGGAAUUAUAUACUGUAUGUAUACGUAUUUUCCAAAAGAAUGCUGGAAUUUUUGUAUGUGAAAAUUAACAGCUAAAUAAAGAGAAUUAAAUUCAUCACAA